AUGACACGUGAAAAGUCAUGUGGGAAAGGCCUCCACAAUAUUUUGGAGGCCAAUGGUGGGAAGAAGAUGCCGAUCAUCUUUGAUUUCAAACUUCAAGUUCCAAAUGAUCUGGUUGUAUUAGGUUUUUUCACUACCGAGAUAGGGAAUAUUGUUCGGACUCAUUCACCAGUUUGCUACAAGAAAUGGAUGAAGGUCUCACCUCAAGAAAAGAGGACAUUGCGGGAUAAGUUGCUUUUGAGUUUGAUUUUAAUUCAUUUUAUUCAUAAUAAUUUCAAGCACUAACUCGUAUAUUUUAUGUUUAACAAUAGGUAUUAUUUGUGGUAGAGCUAUCCCAUCCGAAGAUUAUUGAAUAUGUUGAUAAGAAGAUGGCGAAGUUGUACUAUGUGUUUAGGCACCGGUUGUAUAAGUAUUACUUGUCAUGUGGAACACCUGCAAGAUGACGAGCUAAGUUGUCGAACGAUCAGAUAUGGAAUGGGAGACCAAAGAGUCAUUGGGAUUGGUUAUGCUAUAAGGUUUACGCUACUACCCACUUUUUGGAGCUUUCAAACAAAAAUUAUGAUAAUAGGAAGAAACAAAAGUAUCAUCACAAAGGAGGAGCAAGGCCAUUCAUCCAACAUUCUAGGAAGGCUCACAUGGUAAUGAAAUUAAAGUACUUAUAAUAAUUCAUUAUGCAAUCUCAUGCAUGUUUCUUCAUUAUUGAGCAGAAAGGAGAUCCAUUAUCUGUGAUUGACAAUUGGAGAGCUCUCCACAAAGACAAGAACGGCAAGUGGAUCAAUGAUGUUGCUCAAGAUAAAUAUGAUAACAUGAAGAAAAAGAAUGAUGAACUAAGGGAGAAGCUGACUGAAGAAGCACCUGAGGGUACUUCAUUAGAUUUCGUACAUGUGUCAUUAGAUGAUGAGUUUGGAAUCAUGGUUGAAAACCUUGGGAGGAAGGGAAAAUCUGUUAAUGGUGUAGGUGUUUUUCCUCAAACAGAUACUUAUGGUUGCGGUUCUUCUAUGGCUUCAAGUUCUGAGUUAACUGAUAUGAGAUCUCAAAUCAAGCUUCUAUCAUAUGGUUUCCUCAUAUUGCAACAUGAGAAUGAACAAUUAAAAGCUCGAUUGGAUUUACAGAAUGUUGAUGAAAAUAUGUUCAUAAAAAUCAAGGUUUUUUUUGCUGCAAGUCAGGGGAAGACCAACAACAACUUUACGGAAUCAAAUGGUGAUAUUUUAGAGAGUGAAGAUACUUAUCCUAAGCUGGAAGAACAUGAUUUGGAAGAUGACUAAUUCUGAUAUUAUGUCUUUUGUUGUUAGUUUCAAGUUUCCACAUGGUAUACCACUUUUGUUA